AUGCCAGACUGUGUGGAAAAUCUUGUGUUAGCCAUCUCCGAGGUUCUAAAGACCAAUGGCUUUGAAACAGCAGAGGCAAAAAUAAAGAAAGGUCCUUCUGUCACAUUCCUAGGCAUGAAAAUCACCAGCUCCUAUGUGACACCCCCAGCAGUCAAGAUUUGUCGCAACCUCAAGACGCUGCACGACGUGCAACAGUUAGUGGGAUCCUUACAAUGGUUGCGAAAUGUCAUCCUUAUCCCACCAGAAGUCAUGUCUCCGCUGUAUGCGCUACUUCAAGGCAAACAUCCGUGGGAGCCCAAAACCCUCUCAAACGAAGCCAUGCGCUCACUCGAUUUCAUCAAACGGCAGUUGUCCACGACAGUUCUCUCUAGAUGGAACCCAAAUCUAUCUUUGGACUUAUACGUAGAUUUUACCAGAGAGGGGGGAGUAGGAGCAUUGGCACAAGGACCUCCCGAUAAAGUGCAACCGGUACAAUGGAUGACUCUUGGAAGAGCCUCACACGCGUUUACCCCGGGAUUGGAAUGUCUCGGAAGCCUCACCAUGAAGGGCAGAAGGCUUGCCCUGAACUGCCUAGGUCUCAAGCCUGCAAAAAUAUACUUGCGUUUCCGGAAGCAGAUCUCGACAUCGUCGGUAGCAAUCUCAGAACAUCUUGCUUUGGCACUUUUUGGAUUUGCAGGAGAGCUCUGCUACGCCACUAAACCUCCAUGGACUCAGCUGCUAGCGAUAGCAGACGUUGACCUCCCACAGAAGGUCAUGGACUGGCCACUCCCUGGGCCAACUGUUUUCACCAAUGCAUCCUCAGCCACCUCUACCGCAGCAGUGGUGUGGCGGACACAAGAACAAUGGCAAUGCGUGAAAAUGAGAGACAAGUCGCUGUCUGUCCAACUCCUGGAAGCCUCCGCUGCGGUAUUGGCAUGUGGAUUGUUCCCAUCAGACCACCUUAACAUCGUAACAGACUCCAUGUUCAUCGCCAGGCUCUGUCAAGUGAUGUCUGGACCAGGCAUUUCAGCAUCCUCUGCCACUGCCAUGAUAGAAGAAGUACUUUUCUCACACCAAGGCACCGUAUCUGUGAUACACGUCAACAGCCAUAACCCCGUUAAGGGAUUUUUUCAAAUCGACAAUGACAAGGCUGAUGCUGCAGCGAAAGGGCUUUGGACUUUACAAGAUGCGUGACAACUACAUGAGUCACUCCAUGUUGGAGCCAAGGCACUGGUCAAGAAAUGCAACAUCUCAAUAGCAGACGCCAGGCACAUAGUGGCUACUUGUCCUCAUUGUCAGAAAGCACCCUUGUGGUCUAGUGGGAUCAAUCCCAGAGGCCUCAAGGCCUCCAAGAUCUGGCAAACAGAUUUUACCCUCUGCCAAAUAUUGAAGCCUCGAGCUUGGCUUGCUGUAACAGUAGACACAUACAGCGGCAUGAUCGUUGCAACCCAACAUGCAAAGACAAGUUCCAAGGCAACGAUUCAGCAUUGGCUAACAGCUAUGGCAUGGCUUGGCAUUCCAAAACAAAUCAAAACAGACAACGGCACAAACUUUAUUGCCAAGUCAACUCAAGAGUUCGCAACUAAGUGGAACAUCACCCUAAAACAGGGCAUUCCGUACAACAGCAUGGGUCAAGCCAUCAUGGAAAGAGCGAACCAAACUUUGAAAUCUAAGUUAGAAACCUCAGCCAAAGCAGAAGGGUUUACCAAUAACAUCCCUCUGCCAGAACAGCCACACUUGCUAGCCACCGCCAUGCUAGCAUUGAACCAGUUACCCAGGGGAGAUCAAGCGCAAACCCCUUCCCAAAAGCAUUGGGCCACCGAAGCACUGAAAGAAGGCCCACCAGUUAAAAUUAGAAAUGAAUUGAGAGAUUGGGAAUCGGGGUGGAAAUUGGUCCUGACAGGUCGAGGCCUGCCUUGCAUUGGACAGGAAGAACUGGAUGUGAAUCCUUACCGGCCGUGCACCUGGACACUUCGCAAUCCCUUGGACGGUAGAGUAAUUGCCCAAACUGUGUCUAAUGCCCCUAGCUUCAUCGUUCACAUAAGUGAUAUAUUUAACACCGAUGGAAUAGGAAUUGACCCUAGUCAGGGAAAACCUUUUGCCUACAUUAAUUGGGGAACAUACUGGUGUCUGUCACGAUCCACAAGGGUCUCAGUCUCUGUCCUUGAGACGGUUGUGAGACAGAUGAGGGAAUCUUCGGACCGUCUCUUACAGUGUCCUAGUGUCAACCCCGGUAAAAGCUAUUGCACCUAUCCUGGGUAUGGGUUUUGUGGGUACUGGGGUUGUGAAACCAUCAUCACCACUAACCAGUGGACACCAGCUAGGAGAGAUAGUUUUCUAGACGUGUGUUUUUGGCCCAAAGUCUGCAAGCGGCCCAUGUUUGGAAAGAGAGGGGUAGCCCUUAAUGCCAUGUUCAGCUACUCCAGAGUGAAUGACCCCAAGCGAUGCUUGUGGAACACCCCUCGCAAGGGAAUCACACUAGAGCAAGUUUCGGGCAAAGGUGUUUGCAUAGGCAACAGACAGGCAAUACAACGCCAUGAAGAGAUUUGUGGUGCUCCUGUGACUCUGGAUAAGACCAAGUCCUGGGUAAUUCCAGCAACCUGGGGAAUUUGGGCCUGUAGCUCCACAGGUAUCACCCCAUGUAUUUCCAUCAAACACUUUGAUGAAACUAACGAUUUCUGUGUCCAAGUGGUUAUUAUCCCUAGGAUCCUUUACUUCCCUGGAGACGAAUUACCUUACCACCAGGAGAGAGGUUUCCCAUGCCAAAAACGAGAACUAAUCACCGCCGUCAGCCUUGCAGUACUUUUAGGUCUAGGAGCAACAGGCGCAGCGACAGGUGUCACAGCCCUGGUGACUCAAAACCAAGGUCUAGCCCAACUGCAGACAACAGUCGAUGAAGACCUGCACAGAAUCCAAGAAUCCAUCUCCAACUUGGAGCGAUCCCUCAACUCCCUUGCAGAGGUCGUGCUGCAGAACAGACGAGGACUGGACAUCUUACUCAUGCACCAAGGAGGUCUGUGUGCUGCCUUGGACGAGAAGUUUUGCUUCUAUACCAAUUAUUCCGGGCCAAUCAAGCAGUCCAUGGCAGAGCUACAACAAAGACUUGAACAGCGUAGCCAGCAACACUCUCAACAAAACUGGUUUAGUUCAAUGUUCAACCAAUCCCCAUGGAUUAUUACCCUUGUUUCCACGUUAGCAGGACCAGUUAUCGUUGUUGAGUUCGUACUUAUUUUUGGUCCUUGUCUCCUUAAUAAGUUAGCCCAGUUUAUAAAAACCCGUUUAGAUAAGAUUGACAUUUUAUAUUUAGAACAGAGACAGUUAACCUGA